UGGCGUUGGGGGGCGGCGGCAUGGAGCCCCCUCGGCCGGAGAUCAUGGUGCCUGCCGGCUGCCUGCGGAGGGAUCGGAGCAAGCGAGCGUUGCAGCGGCGGCGUCGCUCAGCCCCCUGACGUGGCCGCGGCCAGUUUCUGACGUAAUGACCCGAUCAUGCAAUUGCUUCAAUAUGUCUUGGAUGCUGCACCUCCCUACAUCCGCAGGGGCUUUCAGUAAGGACACAUUGUUGGACCUAUCUGUGAAAUGGACUUUCCAAGAGACUUCCCCCCCAAAGUACCUCCAUUACGACCCUACAACCUCUCGUCAGCUGAUGUGUGCUCAGUGCCCUCCUGGAACCUAUGUCAAGCAACACUGUACAGCUUCUUCACAGACUGAAUGUGCCCCCUGUUCAGAUGAAUACUAUGCAGAUGACUGGAACAGCAAUGAAGAGUGUCAGUAUUGCAAUGUGGUGUGCAAGGAGCUGCAGUUUGAGAAAGAAGAGUGCAGCAGCACCCACAACCGUGUCUGUGAGUGCAUUGAAGGACGCCACCUUGAACUAGAAUUCUGCUUGAAGCACACGGAAUGCCCUCCAGGAUUUGGAGUUGCUCAACGAGGUACCCCUGAAAGUGAUACUGUUUGUGAGAGGUGCCCAGAAGGCUAUUUCUCAAAUGAAACCUCAAACACAGCAGCCUGCCAAAAACAUACCAACUGCAGUGCACUAGGUUUCAAAAUGGUGAGGAAAGGAGAUGCCACAUGUGACAAUGUGUGCCAAGGAGAAAAAACCGACAAAUCGGAUCAACAAUGUGAAAUCGAUGUAACCUUAUGCGAAGAAGCAUUCUUCAGAUUUGCCGUCCCUACAAAACUCACACCCAACUGGCUGAACAUGCUCAUGGAGAGCUUGCCUGGUGAAAGAGUCGAUGAGGAUAUCAUAGAGAGGAUUAAACAAAGGCAUGGCCGUCAGGAACAGACCUUCCAUCUCCUGAAAUUAUGGAAGCAGCAGAACAAAAACCACAAUAUGGUCAAGAACAUUAUACAAGGUAUUGAUCUUUGUGAAAACAGUGUCUUAAAGCACAUUGGCCAUCUCAACCUCACCUUCGAGCAGCUCAACAUUUUGAUGGAAAAUUUCCCAGGGAAAAAGGUGGGGAAAGAAGAAAUUGAACGUAUUUUGAAGAUGUGCAAAUCCCCGCAACAGGUUCUGAAGCUUCUCAAUAUGUGGAGAAUAAAAAACAGAGACCAAGAUACCAUCAAAGGCCUGACUUAUGGUCUGAAGCAUUUGAAAACGUACCAUUUUCCCAAGACGACAAUUCAAGGCCUCAGGAAGGUGGUCAAGUUUAUCCACAGCCUCACAAUGUACAAAUUAUACCAGAAGCUUUUCUUAGAAAUGCUAGGAAACCAAAUCCACUUGGUAAAAGUGAGACGUGUGUAGUUUCAACUGUCUUAUCCUUCAUUCUCCACUUGCUGCUAGCAGUAAUGAUUCAAUCUGGGGGGAAAUGUUUUCCUAUAUUAUGCUUAUUUAUAUUUAUAUGUCUAACUGGGAUAGUUCAGAACUAUCUUAGAUUUUUUUAAAAAUUGUUUUUAUAACACUAAAGUCCUGAUCUGGAAUCUUUAUACAUCCAAGACUCCCAGUGGGUGCGCAAAGAAAUACUGGAACAGGUUUACGCUCAUAUUUGCUAUUUAUAUUCACUGAAACUAGAGUAUUGUAUAUAUUUAUUAACUUAAAUGGAAACAGUUUGAGAUUCAGGGUAGAAAUGGAUAGCCACUUACCAAAUGCUGGCAAUUUUAAAAAAAAAAUCCCAUAUGGCAAAUCUAACCAUGUGAGGAGACGAAGCGCUAUUUAGAGAGAGAUGAGAGCAGCUGCAUUCCUGCCCACACCCCCACAUGUUCCAGACCAUAAGAGUACUUGUAUUUCUUAUUAUGAGAUAUUUUGAAAAUAAGCUCGUGUUCUUGAAAUACACUCCCUUUUGUAUGGCAUUUACAGUGCAAUCCUCCGUAUGUUUACUUAGGAGUAAGUUCUAGUGAGCUCAGUGAUGCUUGCUCUUCAGUAAGCAUAUAUAAGAAUGCAGCCUAAAUCACAGUCUUAUGCACACAUAUGUAGGAGUAAGUCCAGUAGGAUACUGUGGCUGACAUCCAGGCAAAUGCUGCACACACUGAAAAACAUUGUGUGUGCAACAAGAGAUGGGUGAUGUUUCCCAAUCUCUCCUUCCCUCUGCAGCCCACUGUGCCUCCCCCAAAUAUGUCCCCAAGGGUUAUGGGAACCUCAGGGCCAUGUUUUCAGGAGACAUUGAGGGCUGCAGAAGGAAGGGGGAUUGGUGAAAAUUGCCUCUCCCCCACUGUUUGGACAAAACGUAAUGUCCAUCUGGGUGUCAGCUGUUGGACUUCCUUCUGAGUAAACAUGCAUAGAAUUGCAUUUUUAAUCUUGAUUAUCUCCAAGAGUAGGUAUUUCAGUUGUGCUGUGAACAUUGCCCUCUCACUACUGAAACCUUUGUCUCUUCUACCCAAAUCUGAAAUGGUACCCUGGCAGCAUGUAAUACUGCAUGUUGAAUGGUGGUCUAAAGCCUACCAGCUCUUUAUGUAGUUAGAAAAACCAUGUGGGGAACAGCCAAGUGGUUGUCUGUUGCUAUCCUCAUAUGCAGAACAAGGAGUGGUGUUACACUGUCUAUUUUCAAGCUAAAAGGAGUGAGGAGGUGUAUUUAUAAGCCACGCACACGUGACAUUUCCAAUAAGGCCUUCCUUCAUUCUUCUGUGGAUGUUUAAAGAUUAUUUCUGAGGUCCGUCUGUAUAGGUUGUGGUAUUUUCUGGAAGUAAUUUCCUAAUUCAGCCUUUUUUUAAAAAAAGUUACUUCAUGGACGUAUGUAUUAAUGAGCUGUAGAUUAUGUAUUGUGUUAGAACGUGAAUGUACCAUAUUUAAAAGAUUGGUUUUCAGACUGGAUUUUGACUAUGUUUUAUAAAGCCAUUACAUUUUUUUCAUUUAA